AUGUCUGAUUGUGAUUUUGUUAAUAAAUUUUUGGUUCUAGCCACCAUCAACCCCCCUCAACUUUCUUCCUCUUACCAAAGACCUUUAAAAGAUGUCAAGACUUUAGGUGUUGCAUUACCACCAUUGAAAUAUAAGUAUAAUCCUCAGAAAAGGCUUGGUAAUGAUACAGCAACCGACAGUAUUUCAGACGGUAACCAACCAGCCACAGUUAAACUAACUUUGAAAAGUGUAAGACAACCAAAAUUCUCAAUUGAACAUGAUUUUAAUGUGAAUCAGACCGUUCUUCAGGUGAAAGAAUUUAUCCAGCAACAUGAAUCUACUAUCAAACAAUUAAAUCAGUUGAAAUUACUGAUUAAAGGGAAAGUGUUGCAUGAUUCCACCCUUUUGGUGGAUCUACCUAUUAAAGAACAAGACAAUGUCAUUGUUAAUGUCAUGAUAUCUAAACCUUUGAUCCCAGAUAAGAAGGAAGAGCAAGAUCCAGAGGACCCCUCAAUUGAUCAAAUAUUACCUAGCUCCACUCAACAAAAAACUGCCGUUCCUUGGGAUGUCAUUGAACAGGUAUUAAUUGAUACUUACUCAACUAAACAAGAAGCAACUAGUGUAUACGAAAGAUUGAAAAGAGGAUGGGAUUUGACUCAGGAGUAA